UUUUCUUUUUCUCUCUAAUAAGUUGUGUAAACCCAGUGUUAUUCCUCAAAUACAACGUCGUUUCAUCUUCACACACACACACACAUAUAUAUAUGAAAACCUAAAAGCCUCCUCCGUCCUCUUAUCUCUGUCUCUCUACUACGAUUAUAUGCUGACUGCUAAAAGAAAAUAAGAAUUAUUUAAUCAAAUUCUCUAACUUUAUGAACAAAAUGAGCUCUUCUGUUCAUAUUCCCAAAUCCCACAAAAACCAUUAAUAAUUUGUUUGGUCCAACCAAUUGUAAAAGAGGCAUUUGCUGCUCUUUUCUGAUGAUACUAAAGUAACUAAAAAAGAAGCUCUCUUUAUGUUUAUAUUCUCUCUUUCUGAACUAAAAACCUCAAAUUUCACAUCUCUCUGUUAAAAGCAUCCUAAGCAUCCUAUUCCUCAACCCAUCUUCACUUAUCUAUAAAUACACCCUUCGGCUUUGUAGAAUUUGAUAAAGAAAAAAAAAAUGAGCACUUCAGUUUUCAAUUCAGUUUGUCUCGAUAGAGAGUGCUUAUGGAAGGGUGAAGUGAGAUUUUCUAAAUUGAGGAAACAAUGUGAGUAUAGACUUUAUGUUGGGAGAUCCAAUGCGUCACGAAAAAGCUUGCAGAUUAGGAAUUCUAAGCAAGAAAAGCAAGUUCGUGUUGCUCUUCUUGGUGCUAGUGGCUACACUGGUGCAGAGAUUAUUCGGCUUCUUGCUAACCAUCCAUUCUUUGGCAUUACUGUGAUGACUGCUGAUAGAAAUGCUGGCAAAUCAAUAGAGUCAGUGUUUCCUCAUUUGAUCACACAAAAGGACUUACCAGUUUUGAUUUCUACUAAUGAUGCAAAGUUUUCUGAUGUGGAUGCCGUAUUCUGUUGUUUGCCUCAUGGAACCACACAGGAAAUUAUUAAAAGCCUUCCUGAGGGAUUAAAAGUUGUCGAUCUUUCAGCAGACUUCAGGCUACGAGAUAUCUCUGAGUAUGAAGAAUGGUAUGGCCAACCGCACAGAGCACCUAAAUUGCAGGAAGAAGCCAUAUAUGGUUUGACAGAGAUCUUCAGAGAGGAAAUAAAAAGUGCCCGCUUAGUUGCUAAUCCUGGUUGCUAUCCAACGUCAAUUCAACUCCCUCUUGUUCCUUUGAUAAAGGCUAAUCUUAUUGGAUAUGAAAAUAUCAUUAUUGACGCAAAAUCUGGUGUGAGCGGAGCAGGGCGUGGUGCUAAGGUGGCAAAUCUGUAUACUGAAUUAACAGAAGGAAUUAUGUCUUAUGGUGUUACAAGGCAUCGUCAUGCUCCAGAGAUUGAACAGGGAUUAUCUGAUGCUGCAAGUUCAAAAGUAAUUGUCAGUUUCACCCCACACUUGAUGCCCAUGAGCCGAGGGAUGCAAUCAACAAUAUAUGUGGAAAUGGCUUCAGAAGUGACAAUUGAGGAUUUAUACCAGCAAUUAAAGGUUUCCUAUGAGGGUGAAGAAUUUGUCAAGUUAUUGGAGAAAGGAGUUGUUCCUCGCACUCAUGACGUUCGAGGUUCUAAUUAUUGCUACAUGAAUGUCUUUCCUGACCGAAUUCCUGGUAGAGCAAUAAUUAUAUCAGUGAUUGAUAAUCUCGUUAAGGGAGCUUCUGGUCAAGCUCUUCAAAAUCUAAACAUAAUGAUGGGAUUUCCAGAAAAUACAGGGCUUAGCUGCCUCCCCUUGUUUCCUUGAUACCUUAAUUCCUUGUCUCUAAACAUUUGCAGGUAAUGUGGAAUGUAACUUUUCUUUCUACUAAAGCUCAUAUAUUCUGCCUGGAAGAGGUCUGGAUUUUGGCUCACUGCUGAGAGCGUUGCUUAGGCCUACUUAACAAGGUCUUGAGGUGGAUAUGGGAUAUGUAAUUUAGAUGAUAGAUGAGCUUAUUUAAUGGAGAUCUACAUGUUGUGAUUUGAAGGAUUUUGUGAUUGCACCACCAACUCUGCCUUUUUUUUUUUUCUCUGUUUGUAAUUUUAAUUUCAAUAAAGUUGUAGGAAUUUAAUUA